GAGAAGACGUAUUUGACUCUGAUGGCGAUGAGACAGGGGGAGAAGGAGUCAUUGAAUAAGUAUGUUGCUCGAUAUAAUCAGACGUGUUUAGAGGUGCACUCGACUUCGGACGAGGUGAAGGCGGGAGGAUUAAUAAGGAGUCUUCGAGCAGGGCCUUGUCGAACUUCCCUGGCGAAGACCCCUGCUCGAUCAUAUGAGGAUGUUUUGAAGAGGUGCAGGAAGUACAGUAAUUUGGAGGAGAUGGAGAUGGAGUUUGCAAA